GGCUUCCCCGCGCCAUGCGACAUUAAAUUGCUCAGAGAAGGUGACACCAGCCUCGUUGGGGAUGUUGACCAUCUCAAACUACAUAUGCCUCCAACUCUACAUGGCGCAGUGUACCUCACAACAAUGUCUUCAUCCUUUCUUUCACGUCAGGAUGUCGAAAGCUGGGUGCCUGAGCCGGCGCCUUCCAGAAGUGCCGGUUUUGUUGCCAAGAUGUUCACGACGAUAGCCGCAGCAAUGGCUUUACUCCCAGCAGUGCUCUCAGACGGCGAGCAUCAGAAGUGCCGUAAUGAGCUUGAGCGAUUCUUUCUUUGGGGCCAGGGCCUCUCAGUCGUGGACGGAGGUCUCGACGAGGUCCUAGCUCAUUCAAAGGAACUUCAUUUCCGAGUUCUAUCCCUUCUCUCACAGCUCGGGACCGUAAUCCUUCACAGCCUCUCCCGACAUGCAGUUUCCGCAUCCAAAAUCCUAACAGAUCAACGCGACGAUCUCCGGACCUUGCUGGAGACGACCGAGACCAUGCUUCAAGAGUGCGACUCCGAGCGUCUCGGGCCGGAUACGCUGUCGGACUACGCUGAUUCGGAUUACGGCGUCGAGGAUGCUCUGGAUGACAUUACCACCUAUGUUGACUGCCUUCUCGAUUUGGCUCCGUCCUUGGACAAUCCAGCCUUGGACAUGCAAUUUGAGAGCUCCGGUGAAGCUUCAAGCCUGGAUAAGGAAUCGUUUGUCGCAUCCAAUGAAGAGGCGUUGAUCUACUGCCGGAGGCUCCGGGAUCGCUUCAGCGAUCUCCCCAAGUAUCUCGUGGAACGGUUGGCCGAAGCAAAUGUCCUACGAGCUGCUGAGCUUCGGUCUCUCCGAUCUCGACCGUCCAAGCAGGAUCCCCAGAUAGCCGAUGACAUGGUCAGCGAAAGUCUCUUCACCACAACCGAUCACCGGGUUACCGACACUACGAAAUCGACGGUCCCUUCAUCCUCUGUAUUUUCGAAUUCAUUCGACUUCAAGAUACCCACUAGGCGCUUAUCGGAUGGUGCAUCAGAAGCCACCUUUGCUUCUUUCUCCACAGCGCAGUCCACCUUCAACCAGGGGCGUCCCCGAGUCCCCCCCAUGCCUGAGCUGGAAGGGAACGGCUUCAACUGCCCUUCCUGCUCUGCACGUAUUGUCGACAUCACUUCUAGGAAAGCAUGGAAGAAGCAUGUUUUUGACGAUCUGAGACCGUAUGUUUGCACGUUCGAGACCUGCGAUGAGCCCAUGGCCUUGUACAAUCACAGUGCGAUGUGGGCCCAGCACGAAGUUUCUCAUUCUGAGUCUUCGAGAUUAUCGGAAUGCCCUUUUUGUGCGGCUGGCUGCCAAGCUGGAACCCCUGCCUACUUCAAGCACGUCUCUGCCCAUCUCCGAGAAGUGUCGCUUUCUGUCCUGCCUCAGCCAGCGGAAGAAAAUGACGGGUUUGACAGCGACGACAGCGACCUGGCGUCGCCAGUUGCGCCCGAAGCCAACAUCUCAAGUCCCGCCGAGCCUGGAAGACCAGCAUCCCCCGGCGCAGGAGAAGAGGAACCACAGCAGCCACGUGAUCCUACUCCAGGUCUGUCAGCAAUUUACGUUGAACCAGAGGCUGUCUCACAAACAGACCCGGUCCAGGCCGUCCCUAAACCAACACUCGACGCCGGUGCUAGCGGCGAGAGAGAUCCCCCUCGCACAGACGAGACCCAGGGCGCUUCCAUAUCCACGCCCCAGACUAUUUUAGGAACCGAAAGCGCUUUCGACCUAGACUCGGUAAUAGAUCGUCUGCUGGAAGUAAGAGGCUCCAGGCCUGGAAAGCGAGUUCACCUAUUAGAGUUUGAGAUUCUGUAUCUUUGCAACAAGUCUAGAGAGAUCUUCAUGUCCCAAGAGAUGUUGUUAGAGUUGGAAGCCCCAAUAAAGGUUGUGGGUGACAUUCACGGCCAGUACUACGACCUCCUCCGAAUUUUCGAGUACUGCGGUUUUCCGCCCGAGGCCAACUAUCUGUUUAUGGGAAACUACGUCGACUACGGCAAACAGUCGAUAGAAACCAUGUGCCUCCUCCUCGCAUUCAAAAUCAAGUAUCCCGAGAACUUUUUCCUCUUGCGAGGCAGCCAUGAAAGUGCAGCGGCGAAUCGGGUUUUCGGUUUCUACGAUGAGUGCAAACAGCUGUACAACAUCCUACUGUGGAAAAUAUUCACAGACUGCUUCAACUGCAUGCCUGUGGCUGCCAUCAUCGAUGAGCAGAUAUUCGCCAUGCACGGUGGUUUGAGUCCGGAUCUGAACUCAAUGUACCAGAUUCGACGAAUCCAGCGACCAACCGAUAUACCUGUUUCGGGGCUCAUGUGCGAUUUGCUCAACAGCGACCCAGACAAGGACAUUACCGGGUGGUCUGAGAACGACCGCGGCGUGUCCUUGACCUUUGGUCCAGACGUCGUGACUCGUUUCCUGCAGAAACAGGAUAUGUCUCUUAUCGUCAGGUCCAACCAGAUAGUAAAAGCGGGUUACGAAUUCUUUGCGCGACGACAGCUGGUCACCCUCUUUAGCGCCCCGAACUGGAACGGCAACUAUGACAACGCCGGCGCAGUCAUGGCUGUGGAUGAAUCUCUGCUGUGCUCGUUUCAGAUUCUAAAACCGGAGGAAAACCUAUCGAAGAAGUUCGGGCAUACAUAAGCUUGUACUUUGCCUCGUGGCCCGAGGCGGACUCGUAAGAGCACUCCUCCUCGGUGUCUCAUGGCCCUAGAAGAAAACUUGUCAGUAGGUUGGGUAUUAUUGAAGGCUGGUGUACAAGGUUAUAUCAACAGUUACUUCAUCUUGUUUCAUUUUCUGUUUUUGCAGCAGAGGUUGAGGUUCAUGCAGAAGUGAUGUGCAUUAUGCAGCCAAUAUUUAUGUCCUGGCAUCGGGCGUAGAGAUGGCUAGUAGCAUAUUGCACGCCACGCAGGAUUACCCUGGAAUGAGUCCACAGAGCCACAACGCAGAAGCUGGGGCGAGAAAAGGCAGCAAGUAUCUUGAUGAGAGACAAUUCGCGCAUAUAAACAGUGUCAGAGGCUGAAAACCAGUGGAAUACAAGGAAAGACAAGGGGGGCGCACUGUCCUAUUAACUAUAUAUCCGUGACCUCCAAUAGAC